AUGACCACCCUCACGCGUCCCACUAUCUCUCCGGGCCCGAAUACCCAGAGCGUUGCUAAUCCAGCGCCAACGCCUACUAGGAUAUUUGUUGCUUGUAUCCCAUGCGAGGGCAAAAGUGUCAGGUCCGAUAGACAAAGACCUCGCGGCUGUAACGUCGAUAGCGCAUCGGAAUGCUUUCUCAUUAGCAGUCCUGCUCGUGGCCUACGUCCUCGAAACACUGGUGAACCUGAACCCGUCGUCACAGACUACAACACCUUUCGAAUGGAAACAUGGCAGACGACACCAUCUUCACCAUCAUUAUCGACUCCCGCGGCAUUAUGUUAUGAUGGCAGCAACACUCACAGUGACAUACCCAUUGUACCUGCCAAGAGAUCUCAGAUAUUCAACGCGUCUACCAUGAUUAUCGGCGAGGGUCCUGUCUCAACAACCGAGGCGAGCUGUGGCAUGAUGGACGAGGUAAAGCAGGUGUUUCCCCUACAGGGCAGCAUGAAUGGCGCCAUGUCCACCUCUGCCUCACCACAAGCGGCAAGCAUGCAGUCCGACGCCUGUUGGGUCUAUCAUGAUACAGCGAGCUCAGCCCUUGACCCCACCCAGAUCCCGUUAUUGACUGCGCAGCCUCUUAUUCUGGGGACGUCGUACCGUGACCAAUAUAUCGACGCAAUCUACGAUUUCUUCUACCCUAAACACCGUGUCGCCCCCCCGAAGGAAUGGUUGCAUCACGCAGACAAGACGAGCCUAUUACCGUUGAUGACGGCCAUCUGUUGGGCCGGGUCGCGGUAUGUCGGGCCGUCCCCUCUCAACCUGCACCUCAGAUGUGUAGCCGAGCACAAGCUCGACACAUAUACGCUCGUCAAGGACGGGUUCUUUGUUCAAGCGAUGAUCAUUGUGGCUAUCUGCCUUCACAAGGAAGGCCAGUGCCACAAGGCAGACAGGAUUCGCAAUGAGGCGGAGUGCCUCGGGCUUAAAAUUGGCAUGUACGCUGGGCACUAUUCCAUUGACCACGGCCUUGUGAGUCCGCAGCUCGAGGAGUCACGGCAAAAGACGUGGGAGGCGCUCGGGACCUGGCCGCCGGGUGAAGGGGCCGAUAAGCCAGUAUACGACAUUUACCAGAGGGGCGCUGUUCAUACGACGGGCGAUCAGGUCGUCAACAAUGCGCGUUUUGACCUUCGUGGUUUUAUGGAAGGUAUUCAAGUAUUUGUGCUCAUGCUACGCCGGCCAUCCAUUUCCGAGGACAUUUCAAAUCCGAGCCCAGGUUUAUCGUGCUUCGAUCGCUCGGGGAUCAGGAACCUUGAUACAGUGACGGGAGUGCGAAACAGGCGGUGCAAGUUCGACCGCAGGGACGGGCCGAGUGUGGAAGCCGUGUCAAAAGGCGAGUGGCAGACAUUGACAGGUGAAAGGCCAGACGAAGUAGACCAGUGCCCAGGUGAAAGUGACCCACUCUCAGAUUGGGGCUUGAGGUUACGAGGGUGCCAAUGCAAGUUGGCAGGAGAAAGCGGCCAACGAGGCACGAGAACAUGCGAUUUUGGCGGCGGAGACCUCUGCCGGCGAGGCUGCGAGGGUUCCUCCGGAAGGCUGACGGCACAUUUGGAGACGAAUUGCGGUGGGCAAGUGGCCUUUGUCUACAGAGUAGGGAAACAGACACAAUCGCGGCCAGCUGGCUGGGACCUUGGUGUAAAAAGUCCCAAUGUCGUGUGCUCCGGUCAUGCGGAGACUUGCCGCAAAGACCUCGAUAGCCGCCGACAAGAAACAUCUCCAGCUUCGCAUUGGUUGAUGGCCCUUAGCAGAGCCUCAGCUCGCUCUCACUUCUGGCGAAACCCUCACCCCGGCUCAGUUGACUAUGUUUUGCUUCCUUUAUCCAACAGCAGGCCAAGAGCUGAAUACCAAAGCCUUUCGUCUCCCUCUGAUGCAAGACCCAGGACUGCGUAA